CAGGAUACUGUCCCUGCUCUUCGCCGUCAUCUCACCGUCAUCCGCCUGGAGGCCUGGGGCUCAGCUUGUUCAUCCGGCAGUGCCGCGACUCGAGGCAUGACGGGGAAGACGACUCUGCGGGCCGUCCACGAGGAUUUGGUCGAGCUGGUGCACCGCUUGAAAGGUACCUUGGGGGACCAAAACAGUCCUGUCCCCGGAAAAGAUGAAAUGCAAGAGCUUAUCACAGAAGCGGCAGUAACACUCAUCGAGUACAAGAGUAUGGCUAGAGAGAGCGCCAUGGCUGUCGGGGGGUGCCGGACAGAGAUGCAAUCCAAGAAGAAGGAAGUCGAUGACCGGCACCUUCAGCUUCAAAAUUUGAUGUAUGAAAAAGAUCAUUUGCAACGGACCAUUCAAAGUUUGCGCGAUUUUCCCAUGGCGGAACUGACCAAGAUCGAGGAGGACGAGGGCGCACCCCUCCUUCCGGGGUUGACAGAGGGCGGCCAGGUUCGUCUCCUGCCCGUGGAAGAGCACCGGCUCAGCUUGGAACGCCUGCAAGAGGAGAAGGGGGCUCGCAUUCAAUUGCACGAAGAGCACGUGGCUGCCCAGACGAAACGUGCGGCUUUGUCGAGGGAGGUCGACGAGCUGCGCGCCAUGCUGGGUACCUCCCUGCCGCGCCAGAUCGAGGAGCUCGACGCCCUCUGCACCGGCAUCCACGAGCGCAUCCCAGGACUCUCGAUCGCGGCACCCUUCGGCGGCUUCCCGCCAGAGCAGGUGCAGGCCCUCCCCAGGCCGAUGUACGUGUUGCUGGGUAGGCUCCAGGCCUACCGGCAGGCCCAGGACCCGGCGGCCCGCCGGACGCGGGUCGAAGUCUUCCCCUGCGGCGACGAACAGGCUCCUCUCCCCCAAUGUGUGGCUGCGUUGGGCACGGAAGCCGCGCGGCUAAAGGCCAAACGCGCGCAAUUGGGGCCCUCAGCCUCGUCGCCGAGCACGUCGGGGGAGGGGGAGGGCGCGGAGGAGGAGGGCGGGUCUC